UCCCAUCCCUACAACAGCAAAAAACCUGUGAAUUGUGAAGUAAGCCGAUCAUUGUUUUUGAUUUGAUUGCCACUUUAAUUAUCGAUCAUUCUCGAUUUAAUACAGAUCUAAAUUCAAACGUUUUUAAACACGCAGAGACAACAUUUUGGCUAAGGUAAAGCAUUGUUCCUGGCUAUUUAUAAGUUUUACUUUAUCGUCCAGGCACAAGAUGCCUGUUAUAAAGCUUCAAUCAUCCGAUAAUGAAAUUUUUGAUGUUGAUGUCGAGAUCGCAAAAUGUUCUGUAACAAUAAAGACAAUGUUGGAAGAUUUGGGCAUGGAUGAUGACGAAGAGGAAGUUGUUCCGCUACCAAACGUCAAUUCUGCAAUUCUCAAAAAGGUUAUUCAAUGGGCAACCUAUCACAAAGAUGACCCUCCAUUACCCGAGGACGAUGAGAACAAAGAAAAGCGCACUGAUGAUAUUUCAUCGUGGGAUGCGGACUUUUUAAAAGUCGACCAAGGCACUUUGUUUGAAUUAAUAUUGGCUGCUAAUUACCUUGACAUUAAGGGUUUACUGGAUGUGACAUGUAAAACUGUAGCCAAUAUGAUCAAGGGUAAGACACCUGAAGAGAUUCGCAAAACCUUUAAUAUCAAGAAUGAUUUCACGGCAGCUGAGGAAGACCAGGUGCGCAAGGAGAAUGAAUGGUGUGAGGAAAAAUAAACUUGAUGGUUGUUAGCUUAGUUUUUCGAAUUAAUCCAUUUAAAAGUUAGUUUAAUUUAUGUUAAAAGUAAAUAAAAUAAAAUUCCAAGUAUUAGUAGUGA